ACGUGAGUGAUUAGCACUGCCCAUUGAUAACGUCACAUAAAUCGCCUGAACCUGCUUCGGCUUUCCGAUCUGUUUGGAUUCCGUUUUCUUGCGGGCGUAAUUUGUGGAAGUGGCUUCAAUAGCAACAUUAGUGAUGUCGUAAAAGUGUGUCCAGAAGAGGAUGAUGAAGCGCUGCUAAUAUAGUACUCUAGCAGCUGUUCUUCCCCAAGACCGAGAGAUAGUUGCAUCCUGAGAUCACGCGCUUCAUACAAUCCCCAAUAAUCAUCGGACGACUGCAGACAGAGGCGCUUCCUCCCGAUAUCACUUCAUUAUAGUUGGGGAGUACGAUAACGAUAAGCGUUAUCAUCUGUCCCUCCUUUGCUUUCGUCGGACCGAAUGCUAAAAAGUAGCAAUCUCUAUCUAUAUCAGCAGGCAGACAUCUGCAGAACCCGCCCGAGGAGAGAGAGUGUGAGAUGAAGCAGCAGUGAUUGUGUCUGAUGCUGCAUAGAAGUGAUUUGCAAUCCGUCUGCCGCCGCCAAUAAGCGAAAAGUGCCGCGCGAGGGAAGAAGGCAAGUGAAGGUCGUUCGGAAGUGAAGUCCACUGCGACGAAAUAUAGGAAGAAUCCGCCUCGGGGGGCUUUCCAACUAAACAGCUGCUGGAAUCCGAUUCCGGAGAGAGAUGUGGAUCAUCACAAGUGCGGUUCAUUUCCGUGGUUUAGUUGUUCGUUGAUUCGGUUUAAUUUGUUCUCUUAUCAGUUUCAUUGACUCUUUAGAAAAUAGUUUGUUUUCGGUUUCGGCGAUCUUCCGAUCAAUAUUGUUUGUGUAAAAUUAAUUAGUUUCGUCAUCGGUUUUAGUUGUAUUGCAUAUACAGUAUAGCUAGUUUGUUCGUGUUUCAUGUUGGUUUGAUUUGUGUUACGUUUGGAAAGAUCGCUAUACAAGUACUUUAAACCAUGCGGGUCGUGGCACUUGUGAGCGGUGGCAAGGACAGCACCUACAACAUGAUGCAGGUCACUGCCGAGGGGCACCAGGUGAUCGCCCUGGCGAACCUGCAUCCGAAAGACAAAGAUGAGCUCGACAGCUACAUGUACCAGACGGUGGGCCACCAGGGCAUCGAGAAGCUGGCCCAGGCCAUGGAACUGCCUCUGUAUCGGCGGAUAACGCGGGGGAACUCGAUCAAUACCAAGGGCAACUACGAGCCGACCGAGGACGACGAGGUGGAGGACCUGUACGAGCUACUGCGGCAAGUUAAGGAGGAACGGAACGUGGAAGCGGUCGCGGUCGGGGCCAUCCUGUCCGAUUACCAGCGGGUGCGAGUGGAAAAUGUUUGCAACCGUCUCCAGUUGAUCUCGCUGGCCUACCUAUGGCGAAGGGAUCAAACCGAACUGCUGCAAGAGAUGAUCGACUGCCAGGUGUACGCGAUCAUCAUCAAAGUGGCCGCCCUGGGGCUCAUCCCCGACAGACACCUAGGCAAAUCGCUCAAAGAAAUGCAACCACAUCUGCUCAACAUGAAGGACAAAUACGGGUUGAACGUUUGCGGCGAGGGUGGCGAGUACGAGACCUUCACACUGGACUGUCCCCUGUUCAAAAGCCGCAUCGUUGUGGACGACGUUCAGACGGUGAUAAGUUCGGCCGAUCCGGUCUGUCCGGUUGGGUAUCUGAACUUCACAAAACUUCGACUGGUGCCAAAGGAACGGACUGAAACGGUUGUAGUGAAGAACUCGCUUGACUUCAUUGCUGAUCUCAAUGAAAGUAGCUACAGUGACUUGAGCGAUCCGGACCUAAGCGAAACGGAGCUGGAGUUGAUCGAGAAGGUGACCAAUGCCAAGGUGGCAACGAUGCGCAAUUCCUUCAGCAAAGACGAUCUGAACAGUGCCACGGCGGUGGAUGGACAGACCGGAGUGUCUCGCAGCAAUAGCAUUACCAAAGAUUUCACCACGGAAGUGAUUCAGCUGCCGCGAUCACCGGUUAAGAUCAUUACCAAGCGGCUCAGCAUAGAUGGGAGCAGUGGGGGCGGGGGCGGAGGAGAUCCCGGCCAGGGUGCCAAGCUGGUGUACAAACGGGAACACGAAGCGCUGACGAAUCAACCGCGGGCGAUCGUCAACUCCAAGGGAUGGAUGUGGGUGGCGGGGGUCCAAGGGAUAGCUGAAACAUCUAGUCAGGCGAUGGAGAUCGCUCUAAAAACUUUGGAAGACCUUAUAACCUCGAAUUCUUUUACACUUCGUCAAAUAUGCUACAUUACCUUGUAUGUGCGGGAUAUGAAUGAAUACUCCUACCUUAAUGCGAUCUACUCGGAGAAAUUCGGCUUCACAAAUCCUCCCACUAGGGUUUGCGUAGAAUGUCCUCUUCCCGAAAAUUGUCACGUCGUACUAGAAGCUGUCGCGUUCAAUUCUGAAAAAUCUAUAUCUGAGCUGGAACAUAAAAGACACACGAUGCAUGUACAAGGUAUCUCGCACUGGGCUCCCGCCAACAUUGGCACGUACAGUCAAUCGACAAAGGUGGGUCACAUAACCUAUAUAUCGGGGCAGAUUGCGCUCGUGCCGGGUAGUAUGACCAUCGUCGAGGGAGGAAUCAAGCAGCAAUGCAAGCUGACGCUACGACACGUUAGUCGGAUAGCUAAAGCUAUGCACGCCCAGGGUCAGCUGCGGGAUGUCGUUCAGGGAAUAUGUUUUGUAACUCAUCCGAGCUACAUCUACGAAGCCCGGCGGCAGUGGGAACGGCGGACGGCGAACGCAAUCAUGGAUUACAUUGUAGUACCGGCAUUACCUCGUGGAGCUCUUGUUGAAUGGCAGGUCUGGGCUCAUACGCACAACGAUAAGUUUGAUUACGAAGAGACUGGCUGUUCUAUAGGAGAUUAUUCGAUUUCGAUAAGGAGACGUUGGAACUAUGAAAACAAUUGUGCAUCUGUAGUGUGCUAUGUUUCUACUGGCCUAGCAACAUCAACGACCAAGCUGGCGGAAUUGAGUGACGACUUUCUGCAGCACCACAAUCAGCUGGCCCAGAGCAUUAGUCGGGAGCAGAUCCACGACACGAUAGCGUACGUACUACGGAAACUGCUCCAAGACUACCCGGUCGGGAAUAGUCCCACGAACGAGUCCGGGUCGUCAUCUUCGGACGAGCAGAACAACCACAACAGUCAUCACCAUCACCCGCACUACUAUCACCAAGUGAGUCACCACAGAACCACGGACGGAGCAGAACCCACAGCCGACAGUGGCAAACCGACCGUUCACCUGCGCAUCUUCUAUCAGGUAUCGGCGAUUGGAUCCGUCCAGUCGCUAGUGGAAGCAAUCGAAAGUUUUCUCAGCUUACCGUCCAACACGGUCCGGAUCGCGUACACCGUCGUUCCGGCGUGCCAUUUGCAAAAUUUUAGCACCUUUAUAUCGAUCUGUGGCCUGCGGCAUCACGAAUAAAUUCAGAGGAAGCUUACAAGGUUUGUUCUGUCAUCGACCAGCGCUUCUUUGCUAUCACAUUUUUUACACAAAUACGACGUUUUCCAAUUUUACGUGUUACUCAAAGCUAAAGUUUAAGCAGAAUCAGUUGUAAGAAAUCCUUAAUCGAAACCGUGAAAAAAAAUUUAAAAUAACAAGCGGAGGUAUUCCCUGAUGCUGUUGCAAAGUACGAAACUGAAGGGAGUGAAUCAAACAGUUGAAAACAAAUUUAUAUGCAAGUUCUAGCGGCAUGUCAGCAUGAGAAAAUAUUUACGAAGAAGGAACCUAAGCGAAGACGGAUUGUUCAUAGAAUGCUACUCUUAAUCAAAGUCAGCUAAAAGUAUAUAUAAUAUAUUGAAUGUUAAUAAAGAAAAGUAAUUUGAUGAACCAAUGCAAGAA